GACCAUGAAGAAAAACAAUAUGCAAGUGCAGGAAUAGGUUUUAAGAAAUUUAUUAUAGGUUUUUUUGUAUAGUUUAUCUUAGGAUUAAGCAGGGAAUAAAAAGAAUUUAAAAUGUUGUGGAAACAUUUUAAAAAGGGAUCAAAAAGAAGCGUUAUUCGCUUUUGGUUUAAAAAUUGAAAUGUUUCAGCAGGGUCGCGUUAUAAUUGUUUGGUUAUCUUGGCUUAUCGGAGGAAUUUGCGGUGUUGUUAUUUUGUUAAUUAUUAUAUGUUACUGCCGCCUAAUGCCGCGACAUCAGAAAUCGUUUGAUGAACAAUAUUUAAAAGAGAACUAUACAAUAAAGGAGGGACACAGCUAUACAUGUCAAGAUAGUUACAGAAUAAAACACACAGAGGUACAAGUACAGCGGCAUACCCGGCCAGCCAGUUACGCUGGGGAUGCAGAAUGUAGGCAUCAACGGGAGGCUCGGCCACAAGCGCACUGCUAUGUUAACCGAGUGCCUGAUGCUUCCAGAGAGGCUAUGCAGUAUGCUUCCAGUGGGAUGCUAGACGAAAUAGAGGGAGCGGCAAGUAUAGACGCUUUGAAGACACGAUCUCUGCCUGCUUUCCUCAGACCCAAACAAAGACCGCUCUCCACCGAAGAUGACUUGCACCAGCUUUAUGCUAAGGUGAAUCUCAGUAAAAAAUACAAGAACCGCAUGCGCAGCGAGCACGCGGCGAUCAUAGCGCUCAGCAAGUCGCACAGUCAGUUUCUCGACGCCGACGCGGUCAUUGUGUACGACCAGAGGACUGCGCUGUAGUCCCAUAUUAGGGGCUAUCCCAUAUAAUAAGCUAUCCCACCUAAGGGCUAUCCCACCUUAAGGGCUAUCCCACAUGAUGGGAAGGAUUUACAUCUUGGGUCCAAUGUUCUCUUUCUGAAUUUGUUUAACAUUGGUAUCCCAUUCCAUCAAGGAAUAAUUUAAAUGAUGAGUUUUUUUACUUUCAAAACAUUUAAAUUUUUAAGACGGAGAGUUUGUGUUAAAGUAGGUUCAAUAUUUUAAUUAUUAUUUAUCAACUACAUAUCUAUUAGUUUCAGAAUCCAUCAAUAGUAUAUCUAUAAAUGUAAUCAGUAACUCCUCUUUUUAUUAUUUCAUGUUAAAAUAUAACUGAAAAAGAUUUAAAAUACCAUUUACUUCAAGUAUUUCAUCGACUCCAUAGGCACGUAGCCCUCUUUUAAAACACUUAUCAGCCUUUACAUAUCAUAACAGUAUUAAAAAUAGGAUAGACUCAGUAAGAUUAAGCAAAACAGACCGCUUUUAAUAAUAUGGAUCAAACCAUUCCUACUUAAUUGCUCUUUGGUGUUCUAGUAGUGUCCAUGGUUAAUAGAUUUCCUAACGGAUAGAAUUUAAUACAUUGAUCACAUUGAAAUUAUCAAAAUUUACCAAAGUAACUCGACAAAAAUUUGUAUGUACGUAAAAUCUUUAAAUUGUUAUUAAUUUAUUUUGCUCUACAUGUAAUUAUUAUCGUGUUGGAGACUUUGGGAAAAAAUAAAUGUGAUUAUAAUUCGUGUGAUACGUCUAUAAAAUUGUUGCUUAAUGUCGCACGUUAUACUCUGUGGUGUUUUCACGAGAUCAUUUUAUUUUUGAAGUGAAACUUCUUCAGAAUCGUUGUGAUUUCAAACCUGAUGCAACGGAAAAACGACAGGUAAGAGACACAAAUACAAAAAUGUGUAGAAUGAAGCC